AUGACUGUUAACCGGAAAGGUUGGAUUCGGUUCGCCCUUGUGAUAGGCUGCUUAGUCUUGCUACAGCUAGUACUUGUAACCUGUGCGAAAGUGCCAGCACCUGAUUUGGCACUGGCGAUUGCCGAUGAAUGUGUGAUCUUGGCCCAGCCCCAAAGCCGUGCUUUGCUCUCAACGACAAUCAACACCUUCAUCGUCAUUCCCUUUGCCAAAUCGCUGCAUCAUCUUAUAGCCAACGAGAUUUUCUUUCGAGACUUUCUAGAAUAUGGCGGAUCAAAUGAAUUCAAGGAAGCUUUCUCUUUGUUUGACAAAGAUGGCGAUGGCACGAUCACUACCAAGGAGCUCGGAACUGUGAUGCGCUCACUAGGUCAGAAUCCGACGGAAGCAGAGCUACAGGAUAUGAUCAACGAGGUCGACGCUGAUGGGAACGGUACCAUCGAUUUCCCGGAGUUCCUUACUAUGAUGGCGCGCAAAAUGCGCGACACCGACAGCGAGGAUGAGAUCAAAGAGGCAUUUAAAGUGUUCGAUAAGGACGGCAAUGGCUAUAUCAAUGCUGCUGAGCUGAGACAUGUCAUGACAAACUUGGGCGAGAAGUUGACUGAUGGUGAGGUCGAUGAAAUGAUUCGUGAAGCAGACGUCGAUGGCGACGGCCAGAUCAAUUACGAUGAAUUUGUGAAGGUUAGCUUUCAUCCAUACGAUCCCAAUUUCAUAAAUUUGACCCUUCUUCCGGAAGAUGAUGCUGUCGAAAUAAAGUGGAAUGUGUACUUGGAUCGUCACGUGUGGAAUGAUGUCAUCUAUGUGAUCAUUAGCUCCGCAGCACCUGUAACCAAUGUCUCAACAAACGAAAAACACCAGCACUUCACCCAGUCACCAACAGGGACAGCAGGAGCACCAAUUCAACAUUACUUCCUCACCCAUGCUAAAUCUAACGAUCCAUCAAACUUGGCUGGGGGACCUCGGAGGGAUGCGGGUUUAAAUAGCAAGCCCGAGUUUCAGGCCUACCACGCUCGCGAUCCAUAUGUGCCUAGGGGAGAAAUUAUCAAUAGCCUCGAAGCCCCAUUGAGUCGUGAGGAAUUACAUAGAAGGACAGAGGAGCUAAAUAAGAAGUAG